CAGAGUGGUAUUUUGGUGCUUAUAUCAAAGGACAGGGGUAUUUUUGUUUCUCGGUUGAAUGCCUCAAAGCCUUGUAACGGGAUUGUAUCAUCGUAGUUCGAGACUGGAUAGAUAGGGGAGGAAGAACAAAGCUAUCCUCAUGGCGUCCACUGCGUUUCUACAAUCUUCAUCUUCUUCGUUUCAUGGCCAAUUUCCAGUCGUUUCUGUCUCUAAUGCUACUAGAAUUCUGUCGGGAAGAUCUACAAAUGGAUGUCGGUUGACAGUGAAAGCUAGUACAGGUAUCGUUUUGGUUGAUAAAUCUGAAGCAGAGACGGCUCAUCGUCUGAAGACGAAUUAUUUGGAGAAAAUCGCUCCUUUGCUGAAGGACGAGUUCUCUUACAAAAACAUCCACGAGAUUCCCAAGAUUGAGAAGGUUGUGGUGAAUUGCGGUAUUGGAGAUGCUGCACAAAAUUCGAAGGGUUUGGAAGCAGCAUUGAAGGAUUUGGCGGUCAUUACCGGUCAGAGACCUGUAAAGACACGAGCAAGGAAUUCUAUUGCGACCUUCAAACUCAGGGAAGGCCAACCAAUUGGUAUUGCCGUCACACUGAGAGGAAAUAUCAUGUAUUCGUUUCUGGAUCGGCUUAUAAACUUGGGGCUUCCUAGGACAAGGGAUUUUCAAGGAGUAAAUCCCAACAGCUUUGAUGGGCAUGGAAAUUAUAGCAUUGGGAUUCGUGAUCAGAGUGUGUUCCCGGAAAUCAGGUUUGAUGGCCUUGGUAAGCCAAAGGGAAUGGAUGUCUGCAUAACCACCACAGCUAAAACAGACAAGGAAGCUCAGAGGCUACUCUCUCUGAUGGGAAUGCCAUUUAGAGAGGGAGGAGGUCCGACGACGGUGAUGCGCAAGAAGAAGUUGAAGGCACAUCACUUUGACUCGAAAUCUAAGGGACGAAGAUAGUUGAUGAUCUCUGGGUAGAUACGUUUGCCUUGUACUUUUUCUUCUGUCAUUGCCGAUCCCUUCACUGUUUUUAUUUUUUUUUAUUUUUAAUUUUUAUGGUGUUAGUUUUGCCAACAACAACGAGAUUGAACGGAAAUGAUUCUAGGUAAAUUGUGAUAAGCUCUGAAAUUUGAUGUGUUUUUCA